CCUAAACACUCGUCUCUGAGCAUCUGUGUACCUGUCGCUGACUUCGGGCUUUUCCUUGCGAUUUUAGCCCAUUUCCUGCCCAUCUGUGCCUGUCAGAUUUGCUCUUUCCAGCCUACGUGACCCUGUCUAGAAACCACUCCAGAAGCAGUCCAGCCUCCACAGUACACGAAGUAGCCAGUUUUCCAGUCUACAGACGAAGUCGCUUAGUUUCUGCUCAUCACUCACUCCAUUUUCGUGUUUUUGGCCAACGACAUACUGAAUCCAGAGCGUCCAAGAAUGGCCCAAACUCCUCCACAUCCCAGUCGCUACAGCCGUGGUAUCAUCCACGAAGGUGAGUACGUGCUGAAGCCGUACCGUUCGCUUCCAAUAAACUACACUUCCACGCCAGACCCUAUCAACUCCCGUCCCUCGUCAAGCACUCCCAUCAGACUCAAUCCAUCUAACUUGACGGCUGCAGACCUCAGCCUGGACGAGCCAGAAUUGGCAGCCCCCUACCCGUUCUCCACAUCGCCAUUGUCCAUCUCGUCGGGAUCCACGGGAACCACUGCUCCCAGUGAUAGAGAUAUCUCUGGCUCACCCAAACUUGUCCACAAAUGGUCCCAUUCAAGGUCGAUUCUCUGUGUGAUUCCUGCCCCUAAGAAAAAGCUCCUUUUCUGCGGCACCCAGGACUCCAAGAUCUUGGUUUAUGACAUGGUCGACUUCGCGUUGAAGUACGAAGCGUCCACGUCGCCUCACGACCACCCAUCGUCCGUAUUAUGCUUGGACAUCUCUGAAGAUGAAAACUUCCUCUUCAGUGCAGGUUCAGACUCGUUGGUCAAGGUUUGGGACCUCUCCAAUGUGGAUGCAUCGACGCAAUCUGAAACUAACUCAGCUUCGGAACUCAUUCAUUGCACUCACGUGUUCUACUCGUUGGUAGACAUAGGUGACAUUUUCUCCAUUGCAUGGUGUGAGUCUGUGUCUGUGUUAUUUAUUGGUGCACAAAACGCCUCUGUUUUAUGGUGCAAAUUGUGUCUUUUACCAGCAAAGAAUGCCGCUCCAGCUCCGCUGUAUUCAUCCAUUGAACGUCUUCCACACUUCCGUUACGACAAAUUCUUUGACUCAAAGGGACCAGGAGGUUCAAUCAACACGCUUCAGUCCAAGCACCAAUUACUCAGAAAGAAUUCAAGUUCGACGCCUGAAGGUCAGUUUUCGGCCAAGAUCUUUGAAGUGAGUAAUGAAGACCUCAUUCGGUUUGCUCACAAUGGUUAUGUCUAUUGCAUGAGUAUUUAUACUCCAAAACUCAAUUCAAUAACCGGAGAUAACAGAGGACCAUAUUUGAUUACCUGUGGAGGUGACGGUAUAAUCAACGUUUGGUCUAUCUCCGUCAACCAAGAAACUGGAAAGACCAAGCUUUUUAAAAUCAAAUCCUUAGAAAAUCAAGAGUCGAUUUUGUCGAUGUCUAUCCAGGACUAUUUAUUAUAUGUUGGGCUCAGUGAUUCUAGCAUCAAUGUUUGGGACUUGAGCACAUUCCAAUUGGUAAGAUCCUUCCAUUUCAAGGAUCCUGAAGCGACCAGUACCAAGUUGAGCUAUGAUGAAGUUCUCAGUCUUGGAAUUUAUAAUGAUUGCAUUUUUAAAGCAUCUAAUUUAGGCGGGUUGGUCAAAUUUACAAUAAAAGGACAGGCUACUUCUACGUGGUCUAGUGAAGAAGAUAAAGGAAACAACAGGGAAAUCGCUGCAAACGAUAUUCCAAGAACUCGGACUGUUAUCACUUUGGAAGAUGACCCACAAAACGUGCACCUGUUCAAUUAUGAUCACAAAGAAGAGAUGGGUGCCGUCUUAGCCGUCAGUAUAUUUUCUGAUGAGCUGGGAGCAACAUAUCUUCUCUCAGGUGGCCACAAAGCUUUGUGUCUUUGGGAAAUUUCAAACAUUGGUGCAAAAAACUCGAAUUCUAUUGAAUGUACAUUGUCCAAAUCGACCCCUAGCAAAGAGUUUGCUUCCUUAUUGUCGAACGAGCAUCUAUUGAAAGCACUUCAUAAGUUCACUUCGUUCAAGACGAUAUCAAAAUUUCCAUCACUCUACUUGGAAGAUUCCCGUCAUUGUGCUCAAUUCCUUGGCAACUUGUUUACUGGAGUCGGUGCCCAUCAUACCAAACUCUUACCAGUGACGAACGGAAACCCCAUCGUAUAUGCUUGCUUUAAGGGCAAUGCUAACGGAAACGGACUCAAUCCGCGUGUUCUUUGGUACGCCCAUUACGAUGUGGUUGAUGCCACCAACAGUGAGGCCACAGACUGGUCCACUGAUCCGUUUGUUCUUACUGCUAAAGAUGGGAACCUUUAUGCUCGUGGUGUUUCUGAUAAUAAGGGUCCUACUUUGGCUGCAAUCUACGCAGUAGCUGAGUUAUACCACAGUAACCAGCUCUCCACUGACGUUGUGUUCAUAAUUGAAGGGGAAGAAGAGUGUGGAUCGAUUGGAUUCCAAAAGGUAAUUAAUGAACACAAAUCUCUCAUCGGUGAAAUCGACUGGGUGAUGCUCUCAAAUUCCUACUGGCUUGACGACGAGACCCCAUGUCUCAAUUAUGGGUUGAGAGGUGUGAUUAAUGCAUCGGUGACAGUGCGGUCAGAUAAGCCAGAUCGUCAUUCUGGUGUAGAUGGUGGUAUCCUGAAGGAACCUACUAUGGAUUUGAUACAAAUUCUAAGUCAACUAGUUGAUCCAGAAACAGAGAAAAUUCAACUAGAGGGUUUUUACGACGAUGUUCUCCCAUUAACAGCUAAGGAAGUGCAGUUAUAUCAAGACAUAGAAAAGACUGCUCUAGACAAAAAUAUUAACAAUCACGAUCUUCAAUCUUUGAUGGCAAAAUGGAGAAAUCCAUCCCUAACUGUCCACAAAAUCCAAGUAUCGGGUCCUAAUAAUAAUACGGUGAUUCCUCAGGUUACCAAGGCUACCAUUUCGAUUAGGAUAGUUCCUAAUCAGAAUCUUGAGAGCAUCAAACAAUCUUUGGUUGAGUUUCUUGAGGCUAAAUUUAAAAAGUUGAAAUCCGACAACCAUUUGCUGGUCAAUAUCUUCCACGAAGCGGAGCCUUGGUUGGGAAAUCCUACCAACCAAGUUUACAAGGUUCUCUACGAAAAGAUCAAGGAUAACUGGGGUGUCGAGCCCUUAUUCAUUAGAGAAGGUGGCUCCAUUCCUUCUAUUAGGUUCUUGGAAAAGUGCUUUGAUGCUCCUGCUGCUCAAAUCCCUUGUGGUCAAGCGUCAGACAAUGCCCAUUUGAAGAACGAAAAACUAAGAAUUGUCAACUUGUACAAAUUAAGAAGCGUCUUGACCGACACCUUAAGAGAGUUGGGUUUAAACGACCACGACGCCUCAAGUUAAAAGCAUACUAGUUCAUUUUUACUAUGAUUAUCCAAGGUUCUACUGACCGAUCUGUUUAUAGUAUAUUGUAGAACCUCAGUAAUAUGAUAAUUUCACAUACUACAUAAAUAGGCAUAAUAUCACACCA